CAUAUAUAUUAUACAAUGUUUAGUAGACAGUAUCAAGAUAAUGAAGAUGAUGAUGAUCUUAAAGAAGAGAAUGUAGAUAGCAACAAUGGUGGUGAAAAUGAAGAUGACUUGAUGGAUGAUGACAGUAGUGAUGAUGACAGCAGUGAUGACAGUGAUGAUGAUUAUCAAGAUGGAAGACAAUUUGUAUCCAAUGAGACAAUAGAGCACUUGGAGAUAAAGCUUCGCGAGAGUCCAUACUCAUUCGAAAGACACUUGGAGUAUAUAAAUGCAUUGAGGAAUGCACAUACAGUGGAUAGAGAGAGAUUGAGGUCUGCCAGAAAGGCAUGUCAACAACUAUUCCCACUUCCAGACUCUGUCUGGUUGCCAUGGCUAGCCGAUGAAUCCUCUCAUUCAGACCUGUCCGACGACCAGAUGAAAGAGUUGUUUGAACUAGCUCUCAAAGACUUCUUAUGUAUGUACAUCGAUGACCUCAAGAGAACAAGGGAUAUGUAUGAACAGGCCGUUGUAAAGUGUGCCGAUCACUUAACAGAGGGCAAGAAGCUGUGGAGUGCCUACAGGACAUUCGAAACGAUCGUGUUGUCCAUGUUGUCAGAGGUUUGCCCCGCUCAAGAGAAGCAGGCACAGGUUGGCCGCAUCAGAUCACUGUAUCAUCGCGAGUUGUCAUGUCCCCAGAUCGCACUGAACGAAGUGUGGAGCGACUAUGAGGAGUGGGAGGAUUCGAUGAAUGGCGAGAAGCCGGCUAACAACCAGGCCUUGCAAUCGCGCUACAAGAGCGCACUCAAGAUGACAGAGGAGCGUGAGAGCAUUGAGAAGGCCCUGCUCGAUUCCGACGUGUCAGCCAAGUGGAUGGAAGAAUUGUUCAAGAAGGCUUCCGACAACACUGAUGCUGUUGGCGCACAGAUAUGGCAGGAUUGGCUAGACUUUGAACGACUGAAUGGUGAUCUGGCCACACUACAAGAGGCUAUUGGACGCUACCAACGCUGGUGGAUCAAGCAGGAGAAGCAGAUUGAGAAGGCUGCCGCACGCGAAAAGGAGAGAAUGGAGAAGAGGGAGAAGGAGAGACAGACAGAGAUGUUGAACAAGGACAAGAAGCGAAAGACAAGGAAGGAGGGACCAGAGAAGGGACAGGGAGAGGGACAGGAUCAGCAAGGUGGCAGAGAGAAGAAGCGAGCGAGAUCAGAGAGGACAAAGUUGUUUGUUUCAAACAUAUCAUUCUCAACUACUGAGGAGCAACUAAAGACUAUAUUUGCCAAUCAUGGAGAGGUACAGUCAGCGAGAUUGGUCAACGAUCGUAAUGGCAGGUCAAAGGGUAUUGCAUUUGUCGAGUUCAAACAAUCAACCGAUGCUGACAAGGCUGUCGUCGCAGCCAAUGGUACACUCAUUGAUGGAUUCAAAAUCAAGGUUGACUACUCCAAAGAGAAGAAGUCAAAGUUUGGUGAUCAACAGCAGCAACACGCAUCAACAACUACAACAACCGAUGCAACGACACCUGUUAUCAACUAUGACAACUCAGAGGGUAGGACAGUGUUUAUCAACAAUCUGUCGCCAGCAGUGACCAAAGAGAGACUGGGUGAAUUCUUGACAAAGCAUGAUGUCAAGUGGAUUGAUGUCAGAUUGAUCUCCAAGGUUGGUGGACGACCAUUUGCCUAUGUUGAUCUACCCAACCAGCCUGAAGUCGAGAAGGCGUUAAAGAUGAACCAAAAGUACUUCAUGUCCAAGACGAUGAAUGUGGCAAGGUCCAAGCCACCAGGUGGACCAAAGAAGUUGGAGCCUGUUGCCACACCAUCAACAACUGCGCCCUCAAUGGAUGAUGAAUCGAAGACCGAUCAAGCACCAAUCGUCACCACAAGGAAGCCAUCACUAAUGAUACCCAGAGGACUGGCAAUCAAGAAGACAAUACAG